AUGAUCGGUACAUCUUUCGGUGAAUGGGUCUUUAUCCGCCUAUCCAUCGCCCUCUUUCGCUACACGCCAUUAAUUUACAUAUUCCUCAUCUUGGUCCUGCCUCUUAUACAGCCCGUUUCGGUGGUAUUCCCAGUCAUCUGUAUUCUCCUAGCAGCGUUGCUGGUAGAAUGCGUGUUCUACUUGUCCAUUUACAACCCGUUUCUUAGACGGCUCAAGCGGGAUGCUGUUUACCCACCGGCGCUAUCGCGACAAGACCGAGAAGCGCUGUUUGAGCAAUGCUUUGGGAAUGUCUCGUCCCCAGAGAUUUACCUAAGGUGGUGGUUUCUAGAUGCAGAUCCGAAUGAGAUUCGGCGGGACAACGUGAGAGAGUUUCUCUUGUGGGCUUUCUUUGAAAAGCCCGAUGGGAGAGAUCUGUCGGCAGAAGAUGAGGAAACAGUGGAGGGCGAGGUUGAACACUACCUGGUUCUUCUUGAGAGACGACUUGGACGACCAUUCGAAGAUGGCCGAGGAAAUGCGAAGAGCCUUCGUCUAACCCUGGAUGGCAUCACGACGACAUAUCGCAGUCUUCUUUGGUAUAUCAUCAUCUUCUUCAUCGACCAGUUUACCCACUUGGCUUUCCGCUGGCAUGGAUUUGAGUUCUAUCGACGACCUCGCUCCUCGGCGCUUUGUGUGUUUCCCCCGCGUCCGCAAGAGUUAUUUCCAGGCCGGCAAUCCCCUUCUUCACAAUUAAGUUACUGGCACCGCCCACAUACAGCCCACGACAAGCUUCCCGUGGUGUUCUUCCAUGGUAUUGGAGUUGGAUUGUCGACAUACAUUCCUUUCUUGGCUAAACUCUGUGAAACUGGCGAUGGGAGGGGAAGCGUCGGUGUAAUUGCCGUCGAAAUUCUACCCAUCUCAUUCCGUCUCACCCCAGCCAUUCCCGACAAGAGAGAGUUCUUGACUCAAAUGACAGCCAUCCUGGAACACCAUCAUUGGGACAAAUUUUCGCUGGUGUCGCACUCUUAUGGCUCUGUCCUGACAACACACAUGCUCCACGACUCCAGUCUCAAACAUCGCGUACCAUCAGUUGUCCUCAUCGAUCCUGUUACCAUCAUGCUCCAUCUUCCCAACGUGGCAUACAACUUCACCCGCCGAAAGCCCAAGCAUGCUAAUGAAUGGCAGUUAUGGUAUUUCGCCAGCACUGAUCCAGGUGUUGCGCUCUGUCUAGGAAGGUAUUUCUUCUGGCGCGAGAAUAUCCUUUGGAAGGAGGAUCUGCUGGGAACCCAGGAUGACGGUCGCCAUACGAGACAUGUCGCAGUGACGCUAGCCGGUCGGGACCUCAUAGUCGACACUGCCGCCGUUGCCGAAUAUCUGGGGGUUGAUUUGGAGUCGCCAACCCGGAGACUAAUAGCGGAAUCACACAACGGUGUGGAGGUGGUCAUGUUUCCUAAGUUGGACCAUGCGCAAGUGUUUAACGAUCGGCCAAGUAGAGAUUCGGUGAUUCAGAUGAUUAAAUCACGAUGCGAAAGUUAG